GGGUGGGCGGGUUACAUUUCCUCUAGCAAGACGAAGAUGGGCGAGUCCAAUUUCUGUCUCCGAGCCGAGUUGAUUAACUUCUUUAUUUACUAGAUUUCCCCAUCGUUCACCCUUUCCAAAGGACCUUUGUCGGCUUCCCCUCUGUCAUUGAUUAAACAUUUCAUCAAUAUUUGAAUAUUAUUACUGGUACGUGGAAACUUUACCAACACAGGAUGAUGCAGGGAGGGGGCAUGCAUCAAGACUGGCGAAUAACAGCAGAAGACAGAGCAAAGCAUGACAAUCAGUUCAACCAACUCAAGCCAGUCAAUGGCUUCAUUACUGGUGAGGCUGCUAGAGGAUUUUUCAUGUCAUCAGGGCUGCCGCCACAAGUACUUGGCCAAAUAUGGACACUAUCUGACAUGAACUCUGAUGGAAAACUUGACAAGCUGGAGUUCUCCAUCGCCAUGUACCUCAUCAAGAAGAAAUUGAGCAAGGGGGAGCUUCCGAGGACCCUACCGGCCAGUCUGAAGCAGGCCCCGGCUCCUGCCAUGCCUGGCUUUGGGGUCCAGCCAAUGGGAAUGGUAAGACCAAUGACAGGCUUUGGUACCAUGCCUGCAGGAGGGAUGCCAGGUGUAGGGGGGAUGCCGGUUCCAGCGAUGUCUGCCCAGGGGAUGCAGCCGGGCAGUUUCAACACUCUACCUAACAGACCAACACCAAAUAUGGGAGGUUUUGGAGCCGGCUCUGCCCAGCAGAAUGCGAUGGCAAGAGCUACUGCAGUGCAGGCUUCUUCGCCAGAGAGGGCACGAUCAUCCUCUAUAAAUGCUGACUGGGGUGUACCUCAUAACUCGAAGCUCAAGUUCACCCAGAUGUUCAACACCCAGGAUAGGACGAGGAGCGGGUUCCUGACAGGAGCCCAGGCUAGGAAUGUCCUGGUCCAGUCUGGUCUGGGACAGGCCCACCUUGCACAGAUCUGGGGUCUCUCUGAUGUCGACAACGAUGGUAGAUUGACUUGUGAGGAGUUCUGUCUGGCACUUCACCUUGUUGACCUGGUCAAGGCUGGGAAACCUCUCCCUGCUAAGCUACCACCUGACCUUGUACCCCCUUCCUACCGGCGAGGGCGUUCCUCCAGCUUGACCUCAUCGGGGGCGGGAGGGGCACCCCCUACCCCCGCUCCGGCUCCCGCCAUGCCCACCCCUAGCAUGAUGGCCAGUAUGGGAGGUAUGCCUCCUGCACCCCUGGGUGGUGGCAUGCCUCCCAUGGGAGGGGCGAUGAUGGGUGCUGGUAGUGCCCCCGGUGGUGUUACAAUGCCUGGUGCUAUGACAGGUGUUAUGCCUCCUCAGGGAGGGUUUGGGGCAAUGGGGGCCCCUCUCUCCCCUGCCCUUGUCAAGCAGCAGAGUGUGGACGAGCAGCAGCCUCAAGAAGAAGAAAAGAAAUUCACUCCUGUAUCGUUUGAAGACAGAAAGAGACAGAACUUUGAGAAAGGUCAGCAGGAGCUUGAAAGACGGAGGGCAGCGCUGAGAGAAGUCCAAGAAAGAGAAAAGGAAAGGCAAAGGGAGAUUGAAAAGCAAGAGCAGGAGAGGAAAGAAAGAAUAAGGUUAGAGCAAGAAAGGCGGAGGCAGCUGGAGUUGGAGAGAAUGAUGCAGAAGCAAAGAGAAAUUGAAGCUGAGAGAGAAGCCCAACGGUUAAAGUUAGAACAGCAAAGAGAGGCUGCAAGGAGAGAGCUGGAGAGACAGAGGCAGAUGGAGAUUGAGAGACAGAAGAGACAAGAACUGGAAGCCAAACGGAUCAAGUCCCAGGAGGAGGUUUGCCACCUCAAGGCUACCAACAAGACAUUAGCGUGUGAAAUUGAAACACUGGAGGACAAGAAAAACGAGCUGAAUAAAAAGAUCAGUGAGAGUCAGAACAAUGUGAAAGAACACCAGACGUCAAUCAUACUAAUGGGACAGAAUAGGGAUGUCAAGGUUGCCGAGAUAGACCAUCUCCAGCAGAGAAUAAAGGAGUUACGUCAGUUGAAGCAACAGAGAGCCCAACAGAAAGAUGAACUACAGGUCCAAGCUAAGAAACUUAAUAUCAACACCCAAGUCUCGGAUACAUACGCUGCUGUGAUGACUAGCUACGACAACAAACAAAAGACUCUUGUGAGGAUGAGGGCUGCUCUGGAGGAGGUGGAGAGAAAAACCGCUGCCAGUCUCCAAGACACGGACUCCAACCAUUCAAAACUUGCUGAAUUGAAAGCAAACCUGGUGAGAGAGCAAAACGAGACGGAUCAGCUGCAGAAGCAGCUGAAAGCCAAGAUGGCCGAUUUCAGCACAAUCAAGAAACGCCUUGAGGACCAGAAGAAGCUCUCACUCAUUAAACAGAACCAACAGAAUGAAAGAAUAAGGCAAGAAGCAUUGCAAAAGAAGAACGAGGAGGAUGAGAGUAAGAAGAAGUUCGAUGCCAUCAGGUUAGCCCAGCAGCGAACAGAGAAAGAGAACGCUGAGGCGGAGAAGAGGAGAAAAGAAGAGGAAGAGAAGAAGAAACAAGAGGAGAGUUCGAAGAAAGCUGAUCCAUUUGCUGCCUUUGGCUCAAGUGAGAAUGAUCCCUUUUCUUCAGGAUUUGACAGUAAUGAAGUCAUAAAAACCGAUCCAAACGACCCAUUUGCUGCAUUCUCAGGUACUGGCUCAGUGCAAUCAACCAAAUCAGAUUCGGAGAAGAAAGAUCCAUUUGGAGCUUUUGCAGACUUCAGCAACUCCACCUUUGACUUUGGUCAACCCUUCAAGCCACAAUCGUCCACAACUUCCAGUAGUUUAACAACAACAUCAUCAACUACCACAACAAGCCCUGCCAGUCUUGCCACUUCUUUCACGCCAACACCUCAACCACGAACAGUAACAGCGCCAUCUACAGUCAAGCAACCCUCCCCGGCGGCCUCGUCACAGCCGAGUCCACUUACGAUUCAACCAACGGUCGAGGCCGUCGUUGCCUCCCAGCCUGAGAAGAAAGAAGUGGAAGGACAGCCUUCGGGGGCGAAGAUCGCUGCUGCUGUGACACCGGUCCCACUUCCCAAAAAUCUCAAGACGGUUCUUUCGCAGUAUAAAGCCCUUUAUCAGUUUGAUGCGGAGGGUCCUGAUGAGUUGUCCAUCAAGCCAGGAGACAUCAUCCUGGUUGGUAAGAACCAAGGGGGUGAACCUGGCUGGCUUGGAGGGGAACUGAACGGAAAGACGGGAUGGUUCCCGGAGAACUAUGCGGAGAAACUACCGUCCCCGCCUACCACGCCCAGGAAGCCAGAGAACGGCACCAUCUCCAAGACAGAUGCCCCUUGGGCCAGCUUUGGAGACACAAAGACGAGCAUUGAGGUGAAGCAGCAGUCCGCUCCAACCCCUGCAGCAGUCUCUGCCGCUCUAUCCGCCUCAGCCAGCCUGACUGCCUCUGCUCCGGCACCCUCCAGUCUCACCCCCUCUCCAGCUCCAGACACGGCUCCGGUGGCAACGUCCAGUCCGUCCCCUGCCCCUCAGGAACCAACCACACCCCAUUCCACACCAGUCUCAGAAUUAGAGUCCGCUCCAGCAGCCCCCUCCUCCUCACGAUCCGUCGCGGCGUUGACCGCUGCCUUCUCUGCCGCCGCAGAGGCUAGUGCCAUCCCUCAGGUCAGUAAGCCAAAGCCAAUCGAGAAGGAACCGGUUACCAGCUCUGUGCAGGGAGCUACAGACGAGCCAGUCUAUGAUGUGAUUGGAGAGAGUGAUUCUAAGGUAGCAGCAGCUGAUAGUCAAUCCUCGUUCACCAAGGUUGUACCGCAGACAGGGUCCACCCCAUCACCUGUUCCAAAUCAGGGUACGAUACCCCCAGCUGGAACCCGGGUGAAGGCCCUUUAUGACUGGGACGCCAAGAAGGACAAUCACCUGUCAUUCAAAGCCGGAGACACCAUCACCGUCCUGGAGAAGCAGGAUAUGUGGUGGUCCGGGGAGAUCGACGGCAGGCGGGGCUGGUUCCCUAAAGCGCACGUCCAGUUCCUUGAGGAGUCAACGCCCGAGGGCAAGGGCCACAGUUUCCGCAACUCCGGUGACAUGGACGCCAUCUACGCCAACACCCCUAAACCCCAAUCCGAGGAUCCGUUUGCCCUGUACGCAAACACCCCGAAGGUGACCAAGCAACCGAGCCCCCCUCCGACGUCCCUUCAGCAACCCGAUCCAGCGGUUGCUGCACCCGUGGUGGCUGUGACAGCUACACUGGAUAAUAGCGCCCCUCAACAGGCAGAUGCUGGGGGAGAGAAAUCUGAAGAGUGUGUGGCUCUGUACACGUACUCUUCGGACGAACCAAGCGAUCUUACGUUUGAGGCUGGGGAGCGCAUCACCGUCACCAAGAAAGAUGGAGAGUGGUGGACGGGUAAGAUCGGAGGCAGGGAAGGCAUCUUUCCUUCUAACUACGUCCAGACGGCACAGCCCGAGGGUCAGGGUUCAUCGUCCGGCGUUGGUCCAUCCCUCGCUCCAGGCAUACCAGCGGAUGUUGCUGCAAAGUCUGGAUCUCUGUCAAGGAAACCAGAGAUAGCUAAAGUCCUUGCAUCGUAUGAAGCGACGGGUGCCGAGCAGCUGAGCCUGACCGCAGGGCAGCUCAUCAUGGUCCGGAAGAAGAAUGCGAGCGGUUGGUGGGAAGGUGAACUGCAGGCAAGAGGCAAGAAACGUCAGAUCGGCUGGUUCCCUGCCAAUUAUGUGAAGUUAAUGGAAUCGGGUGGCAAGGCCACUCCGGGCGAGACUUCAAAAUCACCAAGUAUCCUGUCUCCUCCUACGCAAGCAAGUCAGAGGUUAACACCAGGCAUCGAUAUGGUAUGCCAGGUGAUUACCAUCUACCCGUACACGCAGCAGAACCAGGACGAACUCUCCUUUCAGAAGGGCAUGGUCAUCAACGUCCUGAAUAAGGAGGACCCUGACUGGUGGAGAGGGGAGCUGAACGGCACCGAGGGCGUCUUCCCGUCCAAUUACGUUCAAGAGCUCGGGGAUAGCAAAAGUGCUCCCGCCGUUGACUGGACCCAUGAUGUCCAUCUAUUGGAGAGCAUGAGCGAAUUGGAACAGCAUCGGCAAAGCAGAAUACAUGAAUUAAUACAGACAGAGCAGGCCUAUGUAGAUGAUAUGCAGCUUGCAGUCGAGGUGUUCCAGAAACCGAUGCUAGAAUCUCAGAUUAUGACCCCUCAAGAGAUGGCCGCAGUCUUUGUCAAUUGGAAGGAACUCAUUCAGUGCAAUACAAAGCUACUCAAAGCCCUUCGUGUGAGGAAAAAGAUGAGUGGUGAGGACAAACCCGUCCAUAUGAUAGGAGAUAUCUUGUGUGAACAGCUUCCUCGCAUGACGCCCUACAUCCGUUUUUGCAGUUGUCAGCUGAGUGCAUCCAGCGUGCUUUCUAAGAAGAUAGAAAGUGAUGCGGACUUCAAAGAGCAUGUCAAGAAAUUAGCCACAGACACUCGAACGAAAGGUAUGCCAGUCAGCAGUUACCUGAUCAAACCCAUGCAGCGUAUCACGAGAUAUCCGCUUCUUACACAGAAGAUUCUGAAAUACACACCUGAAACCCAUGCCGACUACGCCAACAUCAAAACAGCGUGUGAGAAGGCAGAGGAACUAUGUCAGCAGGUCAACGAAGGGGUUAGAGAGAAAGAGAACUCGGACAAACUGGAGUGGCUCCAAAAUCAUGUAGACUGCGCUGGACUAGCAGAGGAAUUGAUUUUCAACUCACUGACUAAUUGCCUAGGUCCAAGGAAAUAUCUCCACUCAGGAAGACUCAAUAAGGCCAAGAGUAACAAGGAGCUGUAUGUCUUUCUCUUCAAUGACUUCUUACUCUUCACUCAACCUGUCAAGUCCGGUCUCCCGAUGCCUUUCACAACAUCAGAUAACAAGAAUGUGGUGGAAUACAAAAUGUACAAGCAUCCUCUGUUCCUGAACGAAGUGGAGCUAAAGAUUCCCACUGAUGCGGCAGCAGAUGAUUUCAUCUUUCACAUAAAUCACAUAGACAAGGUCUAUGCACUGAGAGGAGAAAGCAACAAUGACAGGAAUCGUUGGAAGGACAAGAUAGAAAAGGCUUCCAAACACUACAUUGAAACAGAGAAGAAGAAACGGGAGAAGCUGCAGAGAGCUCGGUCUCAGAGAAGCAAAGGUGUAGGACGUCUGAUGGCAGUCAUCAUCGAGGGAUACGAUUUAAAACCAUCCAAUUCACUCACAGGUCGCUCUGACCCAUACUGCGAGGUCAGCAUGGGGUCACAGGAGCACAAGACCAAGGUAGUACCCGAUAACCUGAACCCGAUCUGGGAUUCCUCCAUGCAGUUCAUUGUCCGAGACUUGGAGCAAGAUGUCCUUUGUAUCACCGUUUAUGAUAGGGACUUCUUCUCUCCCAAUGAUUUCCUGGGAAGGACUGAAGUGAGGGUUGCUGACAUCCUAAAAGAGACUCAGGGAAGGGGACCGAUGACCAAGAGACUCUUACUCCAUGAAGUGUCCACUGGUGAGGUCAAGGUCAAACUGACCCUUCACCUUUUCGACCAGUCAUGACCUUUGACAGCAACAAGGGAUGAUGCCGGUGUUUUCCAAAUAGCAGAGGCCAGAUGAUCUGUCUGUAUGCUUGACUGAUGUUUUUGUUGUAAUUUUGCAAUUUGUUUGUCCUUCAUUGAAAAAUAAGAAAGAGGUGUCCUCUUUCCCAUAUAUUCAUUAGAUGCACCAAGUUUCACUUAGGUUUAACUUGGCAAUGCAAUUCAUGAAAUUUGUGACUCAUAUGAUUCAAAUUUCCAUCAGGAUAUGUUUGGGUGAUUCAAAGGAACAACUGAAUGUGUAAGAAUGAGGUGAUUCAUUUAAGGCCAGUGAUUUCAUUCAUGUAUAAGGAGCAUUUUACAAAAAGAAUAAAUAAAUAAAAGUGGGCCACUGAGCACAGGUGUAAUGUAAAAAUUGUUUUUAAUAUCAAACUAAUUGUCUAUGGGUAAGACGCUACAAGCCAAAAGGUGGUUGGAACAAUAAAUUGUAAUGUGCUAUUUUUUUAGAAUGGCCUUAACUUAUACAUAAAAAUACAGUAUAUGAAUAUUUGCUCUGUAUAUUUGUAAUAUUAAACUUUUUAAUGAGAUUACAGUUUUCAAAACAAUUUUAUGUGUAUCUCUGGUCAGAAAAUUUGCCAAAAUAAGGUAAUGGAUAACAUACCAAUUACACAGACCAUUACGAUAAGUAAGGGAUACGAGAUACACUUUUUUUCUCCACCACCAUAGUUCUUUAACUUGUAAAACGAUAUCAAUUAUGAGACACAUAUUAUUUUACUUACUUACAAUGUAACUUCUGUUGACACAAUAUUGUGAAAGUACCUUACAUGUAAUGUCAGUGAGACUGUACUAGCCCAUCUGCUUUUUACAACCUUAGCGUUAAAAAAAGGUAUAAAGUGUUUGAGAAGUCCAUUCUUCUUAAAAUAUUUCAACUGUGCCCAUUGUCAUUCAUAAGCCUGGCAACAUUAUUAAGUAGGCUAAGUGCUCAUUCAAAAAAUAAUUUUCAUGAACAUCUCAACCUAAAUUAAUUUGUCAUACAUAAUAUAUACACCAGGGUGCUUUUCAUUUGUAUUUUGUUUUGUUACUGUGUGUUUAUUAUUAAUAAUGCAAAUCUCUCAUCUGAAAUAUAACCUAGCUAGCGUAAAUGCAGAAAAGGUGAAUAACCCAAUUUGAAUUUUCUGGUCUGAUUAGACCGCUCAAGAUUUGUGACGCUUCUGUGAGACGGUUAUUAAAAAAUGUAUGUGCCUGAGUAGAGGAGCUACUGCUUGUUUUAUGCAGUUGGGUGUGCCACAGAAUCCACAGUGACAAACCACAAACACAUUGUGUGACACACCGUGGACACACAGUGAACACACUCUGAUUACACUGUAAUCCCAAAAAAGACUGAGAGCACAGUCCGAAUACACUGUGAACACACUCACAAUGCACUGUUAACACACUGAGAACACACUGUGAAGACACUCCAAAUAAACUGGAAACACCGUGAACACACUCGGAAUACAAUGUUAAUACACUGUGAACAUGCUAAACACACUGUGAAUACACUGAACACAUGGUGAACACACU